AUAACUGGUACGAUCUAAAGGACCCUCAUCAGUUCUUAACCUGCAGAACUAAUCUUCCUAAUGGCUUCCUUCAAGAUCCUGUUGUUCGUCGCUCUGGCUGUCGCUGCUGUCGCGGCCGAGGACAACUCAGUUGAACGCCCCAAGAAGCAGAUCUACUCUGGUUACUACGGCUCUGGCUAUGGAGCGUACCCCUACAACGCCGCCUACUCUGGUGCCUACCCCUACUCUGCCGCUUACUCCGCUGCCUACCCCUACUCUGCCGCUUACUCUGCUGCCUACCCAUACAACGCCGCUUACGGAUAUUCUGCCGCCUACCCCUACAACUCCGCCUACUCUGCUGCGUACCCCUACUCGUACGGUGCCUACCCUUACGGCAGAGCAUACUACUAAAGUCAAUAGGAUAUUCAAAGCCAUAAACCUUCUCCAAAUUGUAAAAUUUUGGCAUCAUGUUCCUAGUAAAUUUCCAAAUAGUGUUCAAAUUAAAACCAACUGUCCUAAACUAA